GGCCGCGCUACCGUUACUGCCGUUGGCGCAGGGCUGCCGCCUACCAGCCGCCAUCAUGUGGAGAGCGGUCGCCGUCGCGUCGGCCCCGGCGCGGGCCCUGUUCCGCGCUCCGCGGCGACCGGCCGUAAGCGUGGCCGUGUCCCCCGCCGCCGCGCUGGCGGACGAGCGGGUGGAGACGCGGGUGGUGGGGCUGGGCCCGGGGCAGCCGGUAACCCUGCGGGCUGUGGCAGCGGAUGAGCGCGGAUGCCUCUUCCAGUCGUGCGCGCAUUACCGGGCGGACGGCCGCGGCGAGCUGCACCUGGGCAUGGACGCCUCGCACGGCGGGGACUACACCGGCGUGGAGCCCAUGGGGCUCUUCUGGAGCCUCGCCCCCGCCGGCAUGGAGAGGCCGUACCAGCGGCUCGUUCCCCGCAGCACCGGCACCCCGAUGAAGGUGGAGAUGCUGGUGCACCAGGGCCACAGCCAGCCCGGCGCCUUCCCCGGGCCCGUGGUGGCCAAGGCCCAGGUGGAGAGGUGGUUCACGGCCCCCGGCGUGCGGAGGAUCCGGCUGAAGGAGGGAGGCGUAAGAGGCUCCCUCUUCCUGCCGUCGGGGGAUGGCCCCUUUCCAGGAGUGAUCGACAUGUAUGGGGAUGAAGGAGGUUUGAUUGAAUUUAGAUCCAGUCUCCUGGCUACCCGUGGCUUUGCUGCUCUUUCUCUGCCAUAUUUUGACUUUGAAGAUCUGCCUAAGGUCAUGAAAGAAUUCCAACUUGAGUACUUUGAGGAAGCAGCUAGAUUCCUACAGCGUCACCCCAAGGUGAAGGGACCGGGAGUUGGAGUGAUUGGGACUGGGAAAGGGGCAGAAUUAGCACUCUCCAUGAUCACCUUCCUGCCUGAAGUAGUGGCUGCGGUCUGUAUCUCCGGCUGUAGUUCAAACACAGUUGCAGACCUUCAUUAUGGUGAGAUGACUCUGCCUGGCCUGCGUUUUGAUAUGAAUAAGGCAAAAGCAACAACCAUCAGAGAAGCUCUAGCCAAAUGGGAAGAAAAACAUGGCCAGAAGGCUUCAGAGGCAAAGGAGGUGAAGCUGUAUGGUCAGAUUCCUCCUGUAGAGAAGAUGGAUGAAUCUCUCUCCACGCUUGUUAACUGCGAGAAACUAUCGCUGUCUACAAACUGCAUUGAAAGAAUCGCCAACCUGAGCAACCUAAAAAAUUUGAGGAUUCUGUCUUUGGGAAGAAAUAACAUAAAGAACUUGAAUGGAUUGGAGGCAGUUGGAGAGACCUUAGAGGAGCUGUGGAUCUCAUACAACUUCAUUGAAAAACUGAGGGGUAUCCGUGUAAUGAAGAAGCUGAAGGUUCUUUAUAUGUCAAAUAAUUUGGUGAAAGACUGGGCAGAGUUUGCGAGACUGGCAGAGCUGCCAUUACUAGAGGAUCUGGUGUUUGUAGGCAAUCCACUACAAGAGAAAUACUCCUCUGAUCAAAGCAGUUGGAUUGAAGAAGCAACCAAACGGGUACCCAAGCUGAAAAAGCUGGAUGGUGUCCUACUUAUUAAAGGAGAAGAAGAAGAAGAAGGAGCAAACUGAUGACACUUUCUUGUUGGGUAUUUAAUUAAAGUAACUCCAGAUAGCUCAGCACAUAGAACUUUUUAUAUGAAAUGUUUGUUUUGAAGAAAAUCUUUGGGCAAUUUUUAAAAGACCAGUUUAUCUCCACGGUUUCUCACCCAAAGAGUUAGUUACCAAAAUUUGGGCACACCAGUUUUGUCAAGUUUUUGACACCUUCUGUAGAGACCAGUGGAGCUGAGUUCAUCUGCUGUUUGGCUAGCAGGAGAUCUUUACCUAAACUAACACAUAGCUAUUUUUAAUCCCUGAUAAGUGAUGCUUGUUGUUACAAUAGAACCAUUUUAGCUUGUUAGGUGCAGCUGGCCAACAUUAUCAUUGGAAGUACCAAGGCCAAAAGAACAGUGUUGUGGUUUAGAGGCACGUUACAGGCUUUGUUGUGUUUACUUUUGCCAUGGGAAUCCCUCAGUAUUUUAAAUAUGUGAGUUUACCCUUUCAUCCCCUUCACUGUUACGCCAAACAGGCCCUGCAGUUGUGGACCUAUGCACAAGAACAGUGCAUAGGCUUGUUACUGGCCUUAAGAUCUGCACUAGGCUUCUGGCAUUGGAACUCAACUGCAUUGCUUAGGAGGCCAUGUAUAACUGAAAUAUUUAUUUAUUUUAAAGAGGCAAUGGGAAUUCUUUGCAUAGUUUCAGUGAGACUAAAAUAUUUGCUAGCUUUUUUUGUUUUGUCGCUUACUAAGAACUUUAGAUUGGAAUAUGUGGCCUAUUAGCCUGCAGCUGGUUCCUAGGUUUCGCUUGGGUCACUGGUGGACAUAAUCCUUCUCAGCUCCCGAAUCUUCCUAUUACUAAGUAGGCUGAUACAGAAACAGUGAACAAAAGACCUGGGCUUGAGAACAGAAAAUUUUGGGUUUGGGAUACUCAUUUGUUAUGAAAGCACAGAUGUAAGCAGUGAGAGAAAGUGUAUGUAGGUCGUGGGGAGGUGAGGUGAGAUGGAAAGUGGGCAUUGGAGAAAAAAAGUAUUGAAGAUGUACUAAAGGUGCUAUAUUGCAGGGUAACCAUAGUAAAGCCCCUUAUAUGGCAGGUAACUAGUUUUAGUGAGAAGCAUUAAACAAAUGAUAAAGACAUACCUGAUUGCACUGUUGGAUGCCACUAGUAGGUUUUUAUUUCUUUACAGAAUAGAUCAGGUCACCUGAAUAGAUUUUUCUGCAGCUUGUUUUGGGGUUUUUUACAAGCUUUUAUUGUAACUCAUGGUACCAUGGUUUUUCAUUUCACUUAAAAGUGGUGACAAGCAUACCUGUUGGUUCCAGCCCAGGCACAGAGGGGAUGGAGACAGAACACCACUCUGAAUUAUUUUGUUGGUGAAGGUGUGGUAGGGGUUGAAAUCUUGGAAGUCAUGGUCAGCGAUAGGAAGGUAGAACUGGCCCAGGCACAGUGGUACUGAUCUCAAGCUCCAGGUAUAAUUGUAGUAGGAGACAUCUUCUCUCUAAAAAGUUUCUAAGUGAACAGUGUGAAGUAGAAGGUUACAAGACAGUUUAUCAAUAUGUAGUUAUUCUAUGACUUUAGAGGAAUUCUGAAGCAUUCCAACUUUAAUUAGCAAUUGCUGAUAAGGCUCGAGUUUGAUUAAUGCCCAUUACUUAAAAUAAGGUCAGGAGUGCAAUGGCAUUCUUCACCUACCACAAACUCUUUCUAGGCAGCUCUUUGCUUGGCCAGAAAGCAGUUUCUUGGUUAACUUGCUCACUUGAUUUAUCUUGCAGACCACUUCAUAUUCCUAUGUAGUUUCUUCUAGAAUUAUUCUCCUAGAUCAUUAGUAAAGGCCCCACUGAAGCACGAUGGGAGGGACGGUGCACAGUCAACAGCCAUUUCAUAUUGGCAUCUCCUAAAAACUAAGUUGUUCAGUUCACUUGCACCCAACUGCUUCUGGCAAAGCAGAUGCUUUGGCAGUGCAGAGCCUGGGGCACGCUCAGCCCCUGCUGACCCCAUCUGCUGUGGUGGAGCAACAGGGAUUGACCUGUGCCCUUGACAGCUGUAAUUAAAGCGUGGUUAAUGUGAGCCGGAGCUUGAGUGGAGUAAAACUUGACUUCUGAGUACUACCAACAAAUGGAAAUGCCGUAUUUGUCUGUGUGUUUGGAGACAUUUUCGGGAUAGACCAUGCAAUGCUCUUGUCCUAGGGCUUGGCUACAAAGAAAAGUAUUUGAAUCUCUGUAGCUGGUGGCUCCUAGAACAGCAUCUGCAGGUGUGGUACUCAUGGCUAGGUUAGAGAAAGGAAGGGAUGAGCACACAGUCUAAUGCCUAGUAAUCCUGCUGGUUGAUUUUGUAAUACCUAAACACAGCCUAAGUCUGUACAUUUCUGAAGGUAGUGUUAGAUACAGCAGAUGCUCUACAUUUUGGCUAUUUUGGGGCAUUCUGAGAGCAGAAUAGAAACCGAGUGUUCUGACAGUGUGGUGGCAAUUGGAACAAAAAACAGCUCCAUUGGCAGGACACGAGGGUAAGAGCCAUUCCUGGCUCUUGGAAGUGACCAAUACAGGUGCUACCUAUGGGAAUAAGGCAACAAACCGCUGCAGUUAGCAGUGGAGUGGGGUGUGUUGGCACCAGCUCUUUUCACAGAUUGAACAGCACAAAUUCUCUAGAUCAUUCUUGGGGUCUGCAUUAUAAAUACCACCAAAAAAAAAUCACUAUUGAAGGAAUAGAGCAUCCAGUCUCAGCACAACUGUAAUAGCAGUAAAGGAACACUUGCAAUUCAAGAUUUCCCUCCCGUUUCACCCUUCGUGUUGUGAGAAAUUAGCAUAAAUUUAACCCCCUUCUGAUAGGAACUUUAUGUCAAUCUCAAUGAAACAUACAGUAACAAAGAAUAAACUGUAGCUCUUAGUUCCCAGGAGGUGCUUCAGUUCAAAGCUGGGUGGAAGGUUCAGCUUAAUGUUGCUUUACCUGAUGAAUCACAAUUACUCUCAAGAAAAAAAAAAUCACCUACCCCCCACCCCCAAACUUUUUCUCCUCCAAAAUAAGUAAAGUUUUCCUAAAUUUUAAAAUUUGCACUUUAAAAUUAUGCACUGGAUGUGGUGGAAGACAUACAGAGGUGGCAGAAUUAAAGCAGCUGAUUCGGAUAUUGAUGGUGCUACACCACGUCAUGUAUAAGCUAACACGAAGCUCAGCCCGCACACCAGUGGGGAGCGGCGGAGUAAAAUGGUGAAAGGCUUCUCUUUCUGUAUCACUCUCUGCUCUUCCCCAUCACACCACAUCCAGUGAGAUAGUAAGCACAUUAGUCUUCAUGGAUGAGAAGAGCACCCAUGUAAAAUUUGCAAGCCAUGUGGAAUUCUGCUUUUCCCAGUGACAUUAUGGAGGAUGAGCAUCCACUUUAUUCCUUACAGAAAUAUCCUAAAAUUAAAUUAGUGAUAGGAAUUAGCUAGGGUUUUUUACCUGUUUGUUAGCACACUGACCUCUUCGAAGAGUUGACAUAUGCAGUGAUUAUAUUGAGAGCUGCUGGGGAAGUAUGAGAAGAGACCUGAGAACCAGCAGAUGACUCAGGUUAUACUAGAAGUAGAGUAAAAAACCCUUCAAGCAAGAGAGCACUUCUAACAUCCCCCUUGGGCUGUCUUUUGUAUAUAGUAAUUUUGUAGCAUGACCAAGCUGUUAAACUUGCUGUUUUUAAAUUAUAUAGGCCUAUGUUUAUAAAUGUUAUUCUGUGAAACUUGUUUAAAAAUAAUAUAACGUUAUUUUAUACAAACCUGUUUGGCUGUUGUGUAAUGAAAUAGUUCAGCUUGCGGAGAGCAUUCCGAAAUUGAAGUUUGUUCUCAUUAAACUUUCCUAGCUGCUCAGGGAGCAAUGUAUUUAUAGUAUGAGAGUAUGUAAAUGCUGUUCCUAUUGCCUCUAUAUUUUAGAAUAGAAAAUAACUUAAGACUUUUAAAAUGCUGAUAUAUUGUGAUUGUUGUCAUCUGAGACAUAAGUAUUUUUCCAUCUUCUGAGACACCGUUUGUCAGGCUUUGUUCUUAGGUCCUAAGAGAAAAGUGUACUACUGCUAUAUAGGGAAAAAUCCAAAUAAGUUAAAUAAAUGGCUAGACUUUCUUCAGUACAAGAUUACUAAUUGACUUUGAAUUUAAGUUUUGUUAACAGCAACAUACUAUCAGUUCCAUUAAACCUGGACAAGAGGAGGUUAACUGAUUAAUAAACUUCUGUAAUAGAAACUUUGGCCUUCAA